GUCAUAUUUUUUGUUUAUUGUUGCUUUAAACUGUAUAUAUUUGGUCGAUAAAAAUAAAUACACAUUGGACGGAUUAUUUAAUGUUAGCUGUUACGAAGCGUUACUAAGAAAAAAAUAAGAAUAGUAUUUAAGAUGCCCGAACCUCAGGCGACCUUUGACCAGAAUUUUCAUUGGUAUGAAUAUCUCGAAAAUUUCUUUAAUGUUGAACCAUUUUCUAUAGUAAAAGAGAUUAAUAAAACACAAAAGAGAAGAAGAGCUGGCAAAAGAAUAUCUCGGGGUCGACGAAAAAAAUUAAGAAAUUUAAAAGAAAAGUUGAGGCAAUACGUCCACAAGUGGGGUUCGGAAAGCAUGAAAAAUUUUCGUAACUAUAUUACAUAUUUACUAGAAACCGUUUUUGGAAAGUUUGGCGACAGAGAAAAAUUUGAAGUUUUAACUAAAGAACAUGAAGGUUAUUACAAGCAACGGAGUUUCUUCAUCGUUUAUGAUAUGUUGAAGAAAUACCUAAAAUCUAUUAAUACCAAUGAACUUUACAGUGGAGUUAUUGAUAAAAACUUACUGAAGGUAAUGGCUGGAAUCAGCGACUAUGUCCCAGCAGUAAAUUACAGCUCUUCGGAUGAUACACGGUCUGAUACAUCAUACACAAGCAUGACCUUCUCAAGAAUGAGCAAAAUUAGUUGUGUAAGGAAGCGGUCAAGUACUGCGAUCAGCAGGCGGGAAAGGGUAGUGGCCGACGAGGAACCAGACGAGCGCACUUUAGAAGCCGCUAAAGUACUUUCAGCAGCAAUAGAGAUACAUAAAAAUUACAUACAAUCUAUUGGCGAUAAAAAACCCAGAGAUGUUAAAAUUGGAGGUGAAAAAUUAGAUAAAUUCAAAAGAAUAAUGAAAAAGAAAGUAUUCGCAUUAGCCAAAGGUUCCAAAAAAAGGACAAUCCAACAAAACAAAAAGGGUUACAUGGAAUCCACAGAUGACAUGGCCUAUAACUUCAUGAAAAAGAUUCAAGAAAUCAAGGCAAAAAGAAGAUCACUAAAGAAAGCUAAUAAAGAAGCUUGUUACAAUAUUCUAUACCGGUAUUCUGGAAGAAGAAAAAAAAUUAGACAUGAAUCACCACAAAAAAUGCCAAGCGAAAAUGGUGACAAAAUUGAGGAAGAAGAUGAAGAAAAAAGAAUUGAAAGAAUCAAUAGGUGGGAAGAAAGUAGACAGCGAAAUUUAACUGUUAGAAAAAUAGAAAUGACUGAAGGAGACAGAGUACUUGCCAACAUUAAAAAGCAAGAAGACACGAAAAAAAAAGAAUUUCUUCUCAAAUGCCGUGAAGGUUUUGAAGAAUUAUUUAUCCUUCCUUCUCUACCCUUCUCAGAAGAACCAGUAAAACCAAGUCAAAGAGUUAGUAGUAUAAAAUCAAAUGAUUGGUUGAUUCACAAACCGUCCGAAAGAGUGUAUUACGAAAGAGAAUCAGCACCGGCCAAGACUGCAGAAUUGUCAGAAGAAAACUUACUUGAAUUGUGUAAGUCAUUAUCCAACAUAUCAGGUGAUGUAUCAGUAACCAAUAAUUUAAUUUCAGAAGAAUCAGAUAAAGAAAUAAGCACAGUAUCGGAAACUGAAUCAAUAUAUACUGACGAGUAUUAUUUAGACGAUAUCAGUGAAUGUUUUCGAGAAAUUGAAGAUGGGGCAUUCGUCCCUAGUUCAACUGAAUUAGCUAAAAGUUCUGACGAAUCUGAAUUAGACAAAGAUGAUUUAAUUGAAAACGAACAUAUAUGCAUUGAUUACAAAAUUGACGGGUUAACAGAUCAAACAACUUUUUUCAAAGAAAUAAAAAAAGUAAAGUCGGAGAAAAUUAGAAGUUAUAUAAAAGAAGAUGAGCUGAGCAUAACAAGCGAAUUAAUGCAAGAGCUGUGUGAAACGUCGGGUUCUGAAACAAGUGAUACCACUUACUAUUUUAAGCCACCGAAAGAAAAAAUUCCAGAAGAAAAACCGGAAAUUACUGCUCAACUAAUCAAUUUUAGAGGCAUGAAUCAUAGAAAACUACAAUUAUAUUUAAUGGAAAAGCAAUGCAAAGCUUCAAAUGUCAGUUCAGUUUCUGAAUGUAAUGUUUGGAACAAGGCUAUUUUUAAAAUAAAACAAAGAGAAAAAUGCUACUAUAAGAAAAUGGGUAUCAGCGAAUCCUAUGAACGAUUGAAAACAGAUAUAAAACACUUGAUCAAUAAAAUGUCAAUGGCCAAACAUAGUAGACCGGUUGUUUUGGAUUCGUCAGUUAAGGAAGAAUUUUUAGUAGAAUUAGGUGAAAAAAUGUUUGAAAACGUCAAUAUAGAUGAAAAAAAGAAAUUUCCCCUUGUUGACAGUGGCCCAGACCCAAAACCAGAAAAGGAGCUUGUAAAAAUUCCUAAAUCUCGUUCAUCAGAUCAGGUCUCUUCUUUCUGCCAAUCAGGUUCUUGUUUGAAAAAUUCAGAUUCUUCUGAGUAUAGUGAAAGAGAUUCCGAAGAUGCAAUGAAUCAAACUGAAAACAUGAUCAAACAGUUAAACUUGAGAGAACCGUACAAGAAAGAAAUCGAAGCCUUCAAACAAUACCAAGAAGGAAUUUACAAAGAUGUUCCAUAUGUCCAAACGAAUUUUCUUCCAAAUAAUGUAGAAAUUAAAAGACCAGCUAGUGCACCAAGCGAUAAUAGAAAACAAAACCAUCCACCAACAAAGAAAGGACUUUUGGGAAUUACUCAAUAUUCAAAUGUCGAUGAAAUCGUAUCAUGUAUAUUUUCGAAAUAUACAAAAGAUUCUGCUGAACAAGAGGAAGACAUGGAUAAAGGUCACACCAAGACUACUACUGGAACAGGAACCCAUUUACUAACAAAUUCCAAAAACAAAUUAGGAAUACCGUAUUCGCCUUCAACUCAAGAACUGGAUCUUCUGUUAAAUAAAUUACAUCCUGAUCUACAAAAAGAUGGCAUUAAACCAAUUACUGGUGCGAUUUUUAACUCAGAAUCUCAAGAGAAACCAAAGUGCACAUCAAAGAAAUGUAAAAAGGAUUCUGCUAAAAAAAAUAUUGAUCAAAUAAUAGACGUAGAAUCAUUACUUUCACGAGAUGCAAAAAGUAUUGAGAAUGACUAUUAUUCAGUAAUUAAAAGAAAACAAGUUGUGACAGACAACGACUUUGCUGAAAAUCAAAAAAUGGAAUUUAGGGUGAAAAUGAGUACAGUGAGAUAUACUACAUUAAACUCAGAAAAAGUUUGGCUAAAACAUCACCAUCCAGAUUGUUUAUAUUUUUUCAGAUCACUUUUACACCGAAGAAUACCCAAAAGCUUAAUUAAUUUAAAAUUGAGAACAACAAUUCCCUUUCUGAAACCCGAUAAUGAACUGUUUGAAUUACCACAUUACGCUCUACUUCAUACUCUUCUUCCAUCCAUCACUUAUAAUAGCGAUGAACGAAUAGAACAUAGAAUUCUUUGGGAUCGUCCUGAGAACUUCAGAAUACACUACAAUGAGUUAAGUGAUAAAGAUUAUGUUAGUGAUGUACCUCAACUUGCGUUUUCAAGUAACUCAGUUGGGGUCGUCUCGACAGUCGAUUCCUAUCUUUCUGCAGAAGAAGAGGAAUCAAAAUACAAAAUAAAUCAAUUUGACCCUUUGCAAACAACAGACCUUAAUUGGUUGCAUUGGAAUCCACCUGAAUACAAUAAUUGUCUUAGCAAUAAGAACAUGAAGCGGGUAAUGCAAGACCUGGGGGCAGCCCCUGAUAUUUAUGAUAAGUUGGAAAUUCUGCUUAAAAAUAAAAAACUUGGGUAUGCUCCUAUGAAAGAAUUAUUGAGCAAUAAUCAAGAAAAGCUGUUUCACUAUGUGUGUUCACAAUUUCUAAAUAAAUUUUCUAUCAAGUAUCCAAAAAGGUUUUUGAGGCUGUUGUUUUUUGCUUACAACCAACACGGUAUCCAGAAACACAUCUGUACAUUUAUAAAACCUACUAGAUUGAAAUUACCCUCGUUGGCUGACUGGCAGGGUUGUGCAAGAUUUAUAACAAAUCGUUUCCACCACAUACCUUUGACAGAUAAUAAUUACCCGCCCUUACAGCUAAAUGGACCAGAUAAAACUCUGUAUACCCAGACAGGUAAUCUCUAUGAACUGGCAAUAUUAUUAGAAUCUAUGUUGUUGGGAGCAGGGUAUGAUGCUUACAUAGUAUCAGGGAUGGUUACUCAAGUCAGAGCCCAUGGUUUUAUGGAAGAAUAUUCUCCAAACCAAAACGAUAUUAAAGCACCUGAGAUUGAAUUCAAACGUGAAAACAGUGAACAACUAAUCACAAUAGAAACAUUUUUCAAAGGAUCAGAAAGAGAUAGAUUAUCAGAAAGACUAGAAAAGCAGUUCAAGGAAGAACAAAAAUUAUUGGAAGAGAUAUACAUAGAGAAAUCGGCACAAAAGGGAGGAUGGAAAGACCGCGUACAUGAUAAAUACCAACAGUACAUUGGAAAAAUGGCAACUCCACAAGGUAUAGAUUUAAUAGAAAAACUUAAACAAGAAAUCAAAGAACGUCAAAUGAGAAGAAAGAGUACAAAGGAAUUAGAAAAAUUGCUAAAAAAGCUGCAAGCAGAAAGAAUAAAAUUUUUACAGGAAAUGAGAACAGACGUAGUAUUACAAGAGGAUGCUGGGACAUUAGAAGAAGAAUGCAAAAAAUAUCUUUAUCCUCCAGAUGUAGAAAUCAAGAGUACUUAUGUUCAGAAAAUGAAAUUGCGGAGAUUAAAAGAAAAAAUAGAAGAAAAGUUAUUAAAGGAACAAGCAGGAGAAGAAAGAAGAAAAAAAGAAAACGAAGAGAGAUAUUUCAAGCAUCGAUAUGCAAAAUAUCUAGCAACAGUACGUUUAGCCCCUACAAUUAAAACAGGAAGAGAAUACGAAGAAGAAAAAUUGAGAUUCUUUGAAGAUAUGAGAGAAUAUAUCGGUGAAAAAAUAGAUGUAUUUGACCAAGUUAUUGAAGAAGAAAGAGAAAGUAUUCUCUAUGAAGAUUUGCACUUUAUUAAAGAUGAUGUAUAUAAAUUAUACUUUGGGGAAAAAACUAAGAAGGAAAGAGCAAGAAAAAUUAAAAAAAGUGAAAAAGAAAAAUCCAAAGAUAUAAUAAUUGAAGGAGAAGUAUCAGAUAAGAAACUUACCGAAAUAAAGGAACGUAGGGAAACAGUACACAUUAGUGAACACGGCAUGACAACAGAAAAUGUUCCCUUUUUGAAAGAAACUGAAAGAGAAGAUGAAGAAGGCAUUAGUGAAGAAAUGUCAGAAGAAGAAAUUUUUGAAUUUCAGCCAGCAUCGGAACUAGAACUUCCAAAGAAAAAAAAAGUAAACAAAAGAGCAGUAAGAAAAUUGAGAGCAAAAUUAGAAAAGACUUUUCCAACAUUUCAAGGAGAACUGCAAUCAAUUCCAACCAAAGAACCUGAGCCAAUAGAAAAAGUUAUAGCUAUUAAUCCAGUCAUAUAUUGCUGGAUUUUAAUAAAAAAAAACGACUUUGACAUCAAACAAGAUAGCUUCUUAGAUAUAAAUACUGGAUUAUUGUAUUCAACAAUGGACAAACAAUGUCUUAGGAUUGACUGUGUUUGGAAUGAUAAAAACUACUACAUACCUUAUUACCAAAGGAAACAUAAAAAAAAUACUAGAAUGUUCGACUUCAAAGAUGAAAAUCUCUGGUGGCAUUUGUUAUGUGGUGAGCCAAAGAAAUAUCAACAACUUAGACGAUCUAUGAGGGAUAUUGUAGAUCCUAUGAUCCAAAAACAUUUGGAAGUGCCAAGAACCUGGGUAGGACACAUGAAAUUUCCAAAAAAACGAUUUGAUAAAUUCUUCAAAGAUGAAAAAAUGAGAGUUUUCCGCUACAAGAGAGUAAGAAUUGACUUGUAUGAAUAUGGUGUAACGUAUGAUGGAAUUAGAAAAAGAGUUAUUGAAUUUUAUAAUAUGCAGCAGACACGUGUAAAAUGUAUUCGUGAAACAUUUGAAAAUAGAAAUGAUUUUCUUGUUUACAGAACCAAGUUUUAUAGAAAUGGAAAAAACAUUAAUAUUGAUAAUGAUGCAGUGAAAAUUUCAGAAGUAUUUGAACCUGGAAGAGCAGAUAAUCUGAAAUGUUUCAGAGUUUAUCAAUAUCCUGAUGGGAGACGACUAAUUGACAUGUUUUUCUAUUCUGAAUUUAGAAUAGAUUUUCUAAAAAUGUAUUCCAUAUCCCCAACACGCUUAAAAAUGCAAUUUUUGAAGGGAAGAACAGACCAAAUGGUAAAGUUAAAAAUGAGCUAUUAUGAAAACACAUUUUUGGAAGAACAAUAUCACAGAGAAUCUCGUUUUAAUAGAAUAGUGAUAACAUAUCAUCAAAAACCAAUAUAUCUUCAUUACCUUAAACUCGCAGGAUACUUCCAAGAUCCCCCUAUUAGAUUAGAUAUUGAUUUAAAAGUUGGACUUUCUUAUUAUUUCUUUAAAGAUGAGGGGGAGAAAGAACUAAAAUUUGCAAUGUGGGAGCUUCAUUAUAACAUAGUUGAAGAAACAUUUAUCAGUCCAAAUAUACAUCCUAAUAGGGUAUAUUUUUUUGGAUCAAGUGAAGAAAGGAAAAGCACUCUUGAAAGGGAAGUUAUGUUAGAAAGAGAGCGUUCAGACAAAAUCAAAUAUUUAAACUUGGCUCGUAUUACAGAAAAAGAGUGCCAUGAUAUAAUAAAACAAAGAGUUGAUGAUGAAAAAAAUAUUUUAAUUGAUGUAUCAAGAAAAAGCAAGUGGGCUCCAGGAGUGGCAGAAAAAUUGAAGAUUGAACAACUAUACCUUAUAGCAGAAAGAGUGGAGAGAAGAUUAAACAUCUUGCGGGAGAAAAAUAUUUUAAAUUAUUUUGAGGAUUUAGCAGAAGGAAGAAAAUUAGAUUUUAUAAUAAUGCAGUUAUUGAAAUCAAUAGCAGGAGAAGAAUUUAAUCUUAAAGUAGCUCAACUUAUAAACCAAUUAUUGAAGAAAUACAAAAAGGCACAGAAAAAAGGAUGCCCAUCCGCAAAAGUUUUUGCUACGGUAGCUGAAAAAUUUUGUAAUUUUAUUGAUGCAUACAAAGUCUACUAUCACAAGCAUUCUCAAGAAGCAGAAGAAUACUAUAAGCGUUAUAAUGAAGUUGAAGAUGAUGGAUCUGAAAAUUUAAUAAGAAAAUAUAUUUAUGGAGAAGAUUUUACAGACAACAUUUCUAACCUAAAAAAUGUCUUAGGAUUAUUUAGUCCUAAAAGUAUGGCUUUAUGGUUUGAUAAAUGGUUCAAAAAAGAAAUAAACAAAUAUGGAACUGAAGAUGUUGGUGAAAUGAUAAAAAGUAUAGAUGAAAUUCUGUUAUUAAGAGAACCAAAAAUUAAACCAAUAAAUACAAGCUUUUGGAAGGCAUUAGGGGAAUUUGAAAAUACUGUGGAAUCCAAACAAGAAGCCAUACUAACUUCAGAUAAAUCUAGUGCUUCAGCAGCUUCAGAUUCUAUAGCUAAAAAUACAGAAACUAAGAAACAAGAAAUGGAAACUACUGACACUGACACAGAUGAUCUAUGUGAAACAUUAUUAGCAAGUUAUAUUGAUAAGAGGUAUGACAAACCAGAAAAAGAGAGAAUUCUACAAGAAGAUAUUGGAAUAUACGAUGAGCAAGAAACAUCUUCAAGAUCAAGAAAUAAUGUAUUUUCAAUAGAAGAAAAAGAAGAAGCUAAUUUAGAAAAUGUUUUUACACAACAAAUAAAGAAGCUAGUGAAGAGAUAUGGCAUUGUAAAUAUUAAAGAAGGACUUAUCAACGUUGGUAUGGAGAAAUAUUUGUAUAAUCUACAAAAAGAUAUAGGAAAUGUAGACUGUGUUUUAUUUGGGGAAGAAUCCAAUAAAAAAGAAUUUGAUGAGUUUAAAAAAGAGCUUUUGAAAAGAAGGAAAAUGAGAAAAAUGAAAAAGAAACAGGAUGUAGACAAAUUGCAUGAAUUAGAAUUAUCUCACUCAGCAGGUUCAACAACCAGUUUCCAUGAUAAUAUUGAAAAAGCUCUCUCGGAUUACCCAUGGAAUUUAGAACCAAAAAAUUUGCAUAAAGACCUCAAAGUCAUGGUAGAAACUCUGGAAACAGAACUUAUGAACUGCAAUCUUAAACAUUAUUCUGUGCCUCAGCCAAUAUUAGCCAGCAAGUUGGAAAAACCAGAAAGUUCAACAGAGCAAAUUUUACCUGGAUGGGCAAUUACAAAAAAACAAAGUAAACAAAAAAAAAAAAUAAUACCUCUUAUUAAGAAAUCAAUGGAAGGAAAAAUGGAAGCCAAUCAACAGAAAUUAUUAAAAAACAUCGUUUUCAAGUUGAUACUAAAAGAUCAAAAGGAUAUUAGUCCUGAAGAGCUAGAAAAGGUAUUCAAAAAAUUUUCCGAAGGUAAAGAUGCUUGGGGUCCAGGUUGGAAUAAUUACGGUGACAGAUUGAAACAGCUGUUAACUGAAACCUAUCAACAGAAAGUAUUAGAAUCAGCCCUCGAAGACUACAAGUUUCAAGAAAACUAUUUAGGUCUACAGGAUUUGGCCAGAGCUAGGGAGCGCUUUACCAAGUAUGAAUAUACAGAUGUACCAUUUGAAGAAUGUGAAAUAUCACCGAGUGAAAGCUUCUCGGAAAAGACAAAAUUGGUUGCAUCUGAUCCUUUUAUGGAUCUCAUUGACACCAAGAAAAGAGGAGGAUAUUUACCUUCUUUGGAAGAUAUGAUCACGAGAAAAAAUAAAUUAAAAGAAUAUGAAAGGAAAAGAUUAGAAAGUUUAUCACAUAAAAAAGAUUUAGAUAAAAAGAAAGAAAAAAAACUUAUAGAUUGUGAAAAAGAAAAACAGAUUCAAAUGUUUCCAGAAAUAGAAGAUACUUUCAGAGACAAGUCUUGGUUUAAUGAAGUUUAUUUAGAACAGAGAGACAAAUAAAGUUGGGCAAUAUAGAAUCUUCUUUCUUUACAUCUAUAAGACAUAUUAGUUCAUUACAGGCAUCUUAAAUCUAUAACAGAUAUAACAGAGGUUUUAAAAAGUUUUAUCAGAGGAUCGAGAAAAAAAUAAAAUUGAGAAAUAUAGUUUUCUUUCUUUAAAUCUAAUACAUAAAUAUAUCUUUGCCUAAUAGAUACAUAAAAUGAGGACCAAUAUUGAAAAGUGUCCUUCUUCAUCGAUUGUUUAUCGAUAUGAGACUCUUACAUGAAUAAUUUGUUCACUGCAUAAUUGAGUACAAUUCACAGUGCAACCUCACAUUCCUAUAUAUUCCUUCUCAUUCCCUCACACAAUGUCACAUAAAGGAGUGAAUACCGGGGGAUGUCUACUACAAUUAUCAAAAUCAUGAAGCCAAAAAAUAAAUGCAUCAACUUUAUUUUUAUAUUAACAUUAGGCCAAUAUAUUCAAAUGGCAAAUAAAUUCUCAUCAGCUUGAGUUGAACUUGGACCAUUAGGAAUCAAUCAUUGCCUAAAUCAAAAUCACCAUACAUUAGAUCUUAACACUUUAAAUGAACAUCAAAAGAAAGGAAAAUUAAUAAAUUUGGAAGCUUAAUUUUCAUUUUCAGUAUUCAAAUUAGUCACAAUUUUGUUUCAAAAAUCAUAUUUUUUGUACUUGUGAAAAAGGAGAAUAUAAAAUUCGAACAAAAAAAAACCAGGUGCUGUGCACACAUCAUACAACUUUCACUUACCACCCUACCUUGAGUUGCAAAUAUUUUAGGUAGAUGUUUUCACAUAUAGAGAAGUGAAAGUAAAUAUUAUGGACAAUAUAAGAUAAUCAUUUAAAGCAAUAAAUUAUCAAACAAAAAUUGAUUUUAAGAAUGGGAACAAUAUACUAAGUUCAAUUGUGGUGCGGUCCAGAGCACGGAUGU